CUUUGACUUAGAAUCAUGCCUCCAGCCAAAUCCCCUUCCAGGGCUAGAGGAGGAAAGCAGAAAGCGGGGACAGGAAAGACAGACAAAAAAGAACCAGUUCCCCCCAAAAAAGGAGCAAAGACUGAAUCUCAAAUACUCUCAAAUAAUAAUGAAAGUGGGAAAGGAAAAGGUGGUAAAUUUGUAAAGAAGGAAGAAAUAGCUGGGAAAGGGAAGAACAAAAAAGAUGAGGAGAAGAAAACUGGCAAGGGUGACCAAACUGAGGAACCUCGAGAGGAAGAAAUAGAGACCUCUAGGCAAAUAGCCAAAGCAAGAAAGCAAAAUGGCAAAGUCUUACCUGCUAAGGUGACUGAUGGCAUAACAGGUAGAGGGAGAGCUGGGAAAGCUGUCAAAUCAAAACCUGACCAGAAAAAAAAUCCAGCCAAAACUCCUGCAAAAGUUGCGAGAAAGAGAGGUGCUAAAAUAGUAGAUACAGAAGAGGACGAGUCAGAGAGCGAGAAAGCAGAGAGCUCAGAACAAGAGAGUGAUGAAGAAGGAAAGGAUGAUAAGAAGGAGGGGUCAGAUUACGUGGAGAACACCGCUGAGACAGAUGGAAGUGUAUUAAGUGGUGAAGAAGAACUUUCGGAUGUAGGCAAAAAAACAGAAGGGGAGGAAGAAGAAGAUGUAGGCAAAAAAACAGAAGGGGACGUAGAAGAAGAUGUAGGCAAAAAAACAGAAGGGGCGGAAGAAGAUGAUCUAGGACAAAAAACAGAAGGGACAGAAGAAGAAGAUCUAGGCCAAAAAACAGAAGGGGAGGAAGAAGAAGAUCUAGGCCAAAAGACAGAAGGGGAGGAAGAAGAAGAGAAGAAAGGUGAGAGAGAUGAGAGCAGAACCAAUGAAGAGAAGGAACCCGAGAAGGAACCUGUUAGCAGUGCAGAAGAAGUAGACUCUGAGGGAGUAUUGAGCGAUACAGGGCAAGAGAGCACACAGGGAGAGACAGCCCGUUCGUCAAAGAAACCAGGACCGCUUAACCUAACAGUUCACCUCAAGGGCCAGAAAAAGAUGUUAAAAUCUAAGAUACUACAAAAGAAGGGGCCUUCUAGAGGAGAGGAGCCGAAGGUUGAUUCUGUGCCUUCAAAAGGAGUCCAUAUUAAAGGAAUGGCUCUCUCCAAAGGUGACGCCACUAAAGGUAAGUCUCAAAUUCUACAGUUGGCAAGUAAAACAAAGGCAAUGAGCAAGACAGAGGAAGAUCAGGCAGCAACCCCAACAAAAGGCCCCAAAGGUUUGUUGAACAGACAGUCUCGUAUGCUGUUUUCGAUGAAAGGCAAAGGAAAAGAUGAUAAAAGCAAGAACGCCAAAGAGCAACCUCCGAAAGACACCAAAGAUGCUGUCGAAGAGUCAAAUCAAGAUCCAUGUGAGAAAAUAGUGGCAGACACAACUGAGCCUGAGCCUGAAGAAUUAAUAACCUCAAAGUCAACAGAGCGUUUAUUGGCCCGGAAAAGAGGCAUGACGACAUUGCGACGUGUCUCAGGAUGGAUUCAAAAGAAGAUGCCAAAGAGCAUCCAUGUUCGAAGAAAAUUAUCAGCGGUCACCCAAGCGAUCGGGAUCUCAAAAUGGCUCCCUGCCUUGGUAGUUAAGAAGAGGACUAGCAGCACCAAGUCAAAGAAGAGUCUUAUCCGACACAAGAUGGUUGUGAAAAUGGCAAGUGGUGGAAAAUCAAAGAAGGAAGUAUCAACCUCAAAGGAAAAGACAGAUGAGGAUACUACUGCUGAUCCCCAGGGUGACUCUUCUGAUGAACCUUGUUCCUCUCCACAAGACGUAGAAGAAAAGGCCAACUCAGGAGAUGCUAAAUAUGCGAUUGUGUUCCCAAGGAUGAACAAAAUCGGCAAGGUUAAUGAAGCCACCGUUCCAUCUACUAGCACCAGCACAGGCAAUGGAGUCACAACAGAACGUAAACCACCAAAGCCUGGUGCUCGUCUGGUUCUUCCAGUCAAGCCAGACCUUAGCCAGCUAAAGUCCAUUAAGAAAAAUGCUCAGGAGAGCAAAAGUGAUAAGAAUGGCAGCCCAAACUCUCAAGUGACUGAGGGGCAGCCUGAGGUCAAAGCAGACAAAAAAGAACCAAUAUCAGGCAUCAAAGAUGGUACAAGUAUACUACAAGCCGCCAAGGGAAAACUUGGGGGAUCGCAAGUAAACAUCACCAAGUUGUCUAUGUCUAAACCUUUGCUUAAUGGUAUAAGUACGGGACAGAGCAAAGAAGUGGAGAGGAAUCUAAGGAAUUCAGAUGUAUCAGCAGAAGCCGAGACAUGGAGGAAUGGAGUGAUGCAACCUUCUUAUGAGGAGGAUGCAGACAGAGAAGUGGCAGAACUGAUGGGUGAGGGUCUUUUGCCCUCCGUUAUGGAGCAACACUGGGCUCAGACUCAACAAAUGUGUGGUGAUCCUCAAGACUGGCUACGUUCAGAAAACCUCAUGCCCCAUCAAACGGUGGAAAAGCUUACUAAAUGGACGGUGUAUCAAGAUGAUGAACAUGCCCACAUCAUUCCAGUCCAUAAUGGCAGGGGCCCAUGGGAAUCUGAAGAUCCGACCCAAAAUAUGCUAGAGGAGAGACUUUACAGCACACAGGUAAUGAUGCCAGGAAGCAGCCAAGCUGUGGAGGUGGAUGAGGUGGAAGAUUUGGCACAGCUGGAAGAGGUGCGUGAGAGUUCUGUUCUGCUGAAUUUGAAGAAGCGGUUUCAUCGGGAUUCAAUUUAUACAUAUAUUGGUGAUAUGCUGCUGUCCAUCAACCCCUUCAAGCCUCUCAGCAUCUACACUGAGGAUCUGAGACAGCAGUACCAGGGUAAAGAAAAGCACAGUAAUCCACCUCAUAUAUAUGCCAUAGCAGAUGCUGCCUUUUACCAAUCUCAGAAUACCACCCAGGAGCACUGCAUCAUCAUAAGUGGACAAAGUGGAUCAGGCAAGACAGAGGCUGCAAAGCUCAUUGUCCAUUACCUGAGUUCCAUGUAUCAGGGAAGAAAUGAUAAAUUACGCCAGCCAAUGGAUGUUUUACCAGUUCUUGAGAGCUUUGGUAAUGCAAAGACCAUACUGAACAACAACUCCAGCCGAUUUGGAAAGUACCUACACAUCCACAUACGCAAUGGUGUGGUUGUCGGGACGUCUUUGUCAAAAUAUCUCCUUGAAAAAUCAAGAAUCGUCUUCCAGGUUAGAUCUAAGGAGGAGAGAAACUACCAUGUGUUUUAUGAACUGUUGGCCGGGAUGAAUGAGUGGGACAAGCAGGAUCUUUACCUGCAAGGAGCUGAAACGUACUUCUACCUCAACCAGGGCAGGGAUUGUGACCUACAAGGGAAGCAUGACAAGCAAGACUUCCUGCUUUUGGUCCACUGCUUGGAGACCAUUGGUUUACAUGCUGAUCAACUUGCAACCAUUUGGGCCAUUCUGUCAUCGAUCCUGCAGCUGGGCAACAUUUGCUUCAGUUCCUAUGAGAGUGAAUCGUUUGAGGUUGCCCGUAUUUUUAGUGAAGCCGAAGCUCGGAGAGUGGGAAACCUCUUGCAGGUGUCCGCCGAGGCCUUACAGACGGUCAUCACACACCGGGUGACUGAAACAACUUAUGAUAGGAUCUACUGCCCUCUAUCCGUGGAAAGUGCCAUUGAAUCCAGAGAUGCCAUUGCCAAGAUGCUGUACUCUGUGCUGUUUGACUGGAUUCUUGAACGCAUCAAUGAGUGGUUGAUCCCCACAGAGAUGGACAGCACUGUUGGAAUUGUGGAUAUAUACGGCUUUGAGGACCUGAGUGUGAACAGUUUUGAGCAGCUGUGCAUAAACUUUGCCAACGAGCAGCUGCAACAGUUUGUGAACAAAGCUCUGGUGGCCCAAGAGCAGGAGGAAUACAGCACAGAGCAGAUCCAGUGGUAUCCAAUCAUUCUGGAAGACUCUAAUGGCUGUCUGGAUCUUAUCUCGGCACGGCCGUACGGAAUCCUUCGCAUCCUGGAUGACCAGACUUGCCUUCCUCAAGCUACAGACCACACGUUCUUGCAGAAAUGUCACUAUCACCAUGGCAACAGUCCCUACUACACCAAGCCCAAUCUGCCAGUGUUCACAAUAUAUCACUAUGCAGGGGCUGUCACAUACCAGGUGCACAACUUUCUAAAUAAAAAUCAUGACCAGUUUCGCCCAGAAGUAUUAGAGCUUUUUGCCCGCAGUCGUUUACAGAUGGUGUCGGGUCUCUUCCGGAAGGUUCAAGAGCGUUACGUCCAACAGAAAGAACUGGGAAGAGCAAGAGGUUACCGGAACCAGAUGUCAACUGUAGCUGCUCAUUUCCAGCAGUCACUUAUAGAGCUCACCACUCGUUUGGAGAGGUGUAAAACUACAUUUAUACGAUGUUUUAAGCCAAACUAUGUUAAGCUUCCAGGCAUAUUUGAUGUAGACUAUAUAACCACACAGCUAAGGUAUGGAGGGAUACUGGAGACUAUUCACAUACGAAAAGAAGGAUUUCCAAUUCGCAUCCCUUUCGCUCUGUUCAUGGAGAGAUAUGGUGUAUUAUUGGCCCAGAGACCUGCACACCAGUCUUGUAAAGAGCAAGUAGUGACUUUACUGGAGACUAUAGGAGCAGAGGAAGGCCAGUACCAACUAGGACUCACUAAAGUACUUUAUGAAGAGAGUCUGUACCAGCGGGUGGAGGAGAAAUGGAGUAACACUCAAACAUGGGCGGCAGUCACCAUCCAGAGGAACAUUCGCGGAUUCAUCUGCCGAAAAAACUUCCGUUUCUUUAAACAGAAGGCUAUCGUCAUCCAGUCCCACAUCAGGGGCCACCAGGCCCGGAAGUACUACAAGAAAUUGAAGCAGUCCUUCACUCAGUUUUGGGCAGCGAUGAUGAUUACAAGAGACACCAUCAAGAAACGUCAUUGGAGGGAUAUAAAAGAAGGCGAGCUGCUAAGAAUAGUUUGCCUUUACCUUUGCAUACAAUGCCGUGGACAGGAACAUACUGAUAGAACCAGAGUGAAGGAAGCAGCAAAACCUACAUCUUCCUCUUCAGAGAUGGAUGUGGGAAUAUUGGAGAUCCCGGCAGAACUGUCGGCCCGAUUACGCAGUGCAGCAGGACGUCCUCAAGGAUCUGGAGUAACAGAAGUAGCUCUGCCACAGGUCAAAGCAGACCACAACCUCUCACUGCCCCAAGACAUUGACAGACACCCUUUCUCUCAAUAUGCCAACACAGUCCUGAAGGAUGGAUGGUGCCAACCGCAAGGUUUCCCGCUUCAGAAGCCUUUGACUUCUCUGGACUAUGAUGAUGCCCGUACAGCUCUAGAAAUCUACAAACUUAUCCUGCGUUUCACAGGUGACUCUGAUCUGACUGGAUGGCAAGAGCAGAUGUUGGGGAACUACAUCGUGGAGAAGAGCCAAUCACAGCCCAGCAUCAGAGAUGAGAUUCUAGCUCAGCUGGUGUACCACACUUGGGACGGGGAUAAUGAGGAGAGUGCCCUGCGGGGCUGGUUGCUCCUGGCCUGCUGUCUGAGUGCCUUCACACCCUCUCCUGCCCUGGAGAAACCCCUCCUCAAGUACGUGUCUGACCGAGGUCCAGGGGAGUACCGCUCUCUGUGUCAACACAAAAUCCUCACAUCCCUCCAGCUCCCCUCGCCUGCCUGCAGACAACACCCUCCAAGUCAACUCGAGUGGACAGCCAAUCAGAGAAAAGGAAAGAUGGUGGUGGAGGUUAACACUUUCAAUGAGGAAAGGUUAACUGUGGAGGUGGAGUCUUGGACCACAGGGGAACAACUGGCCUCUUGGCUUCUUAGCUACAGGGGUGUUACUGAAGCUACACGGGGCUGGUCUGUGUCUCUGCUGGCUGGGGAGGGUUGGACCGACCUGGCAGGCUGUGACUUUGUAAUGGAUCUCUUGGCUGGAGUGGAGGCUGAUGUGCCCCUGGGUCACCCACCCACUCAAACCGAUUACCUCUUUAGCAACACAAGUGACAGGAUGGCACCUACAGACCUGGAUGACUUUAUACCUCCUGCUCCCCCUAUGCAAGCCCCUGGUCUCCCACCCUUUGAAGCAUCCCCAUGGGACACCUAUGAACCCUCCUCAACAUCCCAAAGAUCUCGUGGUCGACAGAUGGAUUCUUACGUUGAUGACCUUUUUGAUCCUGUGUUUGAUCAGGGUCCUGGGGACUUUGAACGGAUGGCCAUGCUGAAUCGUAGAAUGAGAGGAGGAGGAGGUAUGAUGCCCAGCAUGUACGCCGGAGCAGGAAUGCCAAUGAAUCCUGCCAUGGCUGGCUAUGCUGCCACACCAAUGAUGCCAAACAUGAUGCCCGCUACUAUGCCCAUGAUGCAACAAAUGCAACCCAUGCAACCUAUGAUGAUGCCAACUGCCAUGCCACAAGCCGUACCUGCUGUCAACACACAGCAAAUGGCUGCUCAGCAACAGGCCUUUAUCAAUCAACAGGCUCUGCUUCUGGCUCAGCAGAUGACCAUGCAGGCGAUGACACUGUCCCAGAAGCAGCAGCAGGAAGAGAUGCGAAAACGCGAAAAGGAGUCACAGAGACAGUCACCACGUCAGCGGCGGCGCUCUCCUCCACGUGCACGUUCACCUUCACGCUCACCCUCACCCAGACCCCGAAGCCGCCCCCAGGUAGAAAGAACCAUCCCUCAGACCCCCAAAAAAGCCCCAGAGACUCUUCCAAAGCUCAGCAGGCCAGAGGCACAGCCUGAGACAGACUUCCCGGAAGUUCAAGGGUCUUUUCAAAAGAAGAGGGAUUUUUUUCAAAAGAUUGAAGCACACCCAAAGCCUGCACCAAAGGUUGCUAAGCCACUGAUAUACGCCGCUCCACCGGUGACACAACCCAAAUCACCUCCACCAGUAAAGACUGAAGUGAAACCACUCCCAGUUCCUCUUAACAUCCAAGAACCUGAACCAGAACCAGAAUCUCCAGAACCAACAUCUCCUAAACCAGAACCUACUAGUAAAAUUAGAGAGAUCAUCAAGCAGUACCAGAGCCGGCCCUCUCCAGAACCUAGAGCCUUCGAGCCUGUCAGGGUUCCGGCCAAGCACUUUCUAAAGAAAAAUGACCCCAAAGAUGAGGCUCUGGCCAUUCUCAAAUCUCAGGGACCUGUCACUCAACAGAAGAAACAGUGGGAAGAGAAGCCUCCUUCACCUCCUCAGCCCCCUGAGUCCCAUGGUCCUCGUGCCAUCUCUAACGAUAUGAAACAGAAGCAGCGUUCACUAGCUGAUCUUUUCGGCUCACAGCGUUCGCAUGCUCUGCCUCGAGCUCGUGAGCCCAUCCCUCCUCCACCUCCCAGCAUCCCCGACCCACCACUGAUGUCUCCACCUGGACCUAAUCAGUUCAACAGGAUGGCAGAGGAGGAGAGUGUUCGCUCCCAGUUGCACAGAUUCUCUGCCAGUGUUUACUUUUCCUACCCCAGUAUGCCUGGCAAACUCUUCCUGCGCAAGGAGCUGUUUUAUCCCAGGGAAAGAUUCAACCACCCAUACGUUCUUAAUUUACUCUGUGAGCAGAUCAUGCGAGACACUUACUCAGAUUCUUGUCUGAGGAUUUCACGUGAAGAAAGGCGUAAAAUGAAAGACCUUUUGGCGAGCUUCCAUAUCAGAACCAAUAUCAGUUCACUAGAUGAUGCUAUGAAGAAAAGAAUUGUCAUGGCAGCAAGAGACAACUGGUCCAAUUACUUUUCACGUCUCUUUAAUGUGAAGGUUGGGAACGGAGGAGAUGCUCAGAUUCUGGGAGUGUCGCAUCGAGGAAUCAGACUGCUGAAGGUUGCAGGAGCUUCAGGCAUAAACCCUAAACACCUCAGACUACUGCACAGCUACAGUUUUUCACAGGUUUUGUCAGUACAGCAGCAAGGGGCUGGAAAUGUCGUGAUCACUUUGAGUAAUGAGGAGUUGGAACUUCACUCUCAACAUGCAGCACAGAUCGCUGCUGUGAUUCAUCUCUUCCUCAUGGAGCUGAUUACGAACUCAGACUAUUUGAUCGCUGUGAAGAGCUAUGUGGCAGAUGACAAGAGCUUGCUGACCUUACACAGAGGCGACGUCAUCAAAAUCCUGAACAUGGAUGGCCUCAAGGACGGAUGGAUGUUUGGUUCCAGUGGGGGCCGUUCUGGACUCUUCCCGGUGGACGUCACUCAGCCUUGUGCCCCACCAGACUACCACAGCAGCAACAUGGAGCGGCAGCUUGAGCGGAAAAAGAGUAUGAGACUCACCGGCUCUUCCCGCAAUGUACCAGCCAAUGGACCUGUCACCAACACACCUGUCAAUGGCCCUGGGGCCAGCAUACCUGCUAAUGGCUCCGUUUCCAACACCCCUGUUUCCCGCUCAGUGUCUGGCAGUGAAUACAGUGUGGAAGUGGGGUCCAUCCAGAGAUCUGAAUCAGAACGUCAGAAGUAUAUCAUGACUGAGUUCGCCAAGAAUUUCUUCACGGAUGCUAUCAGCAGAACAAACAAAGACAAAAGUCUCAAUGAGAUGGUGGAAUAUACUCCAAAUCCCAUUCAGGAAUCACUGAUCCUUUUCUCAGACAAUGAUCUCAAUCGUCUGGGUGCUCAAAACUUCAUGUUUUUGAUGCAGUUUAUGUUGGAUCAGCCUAUGAAGAAAAAUCAGACAGAGAGUGACUGUAUUAACUUCAUUUUGCAGCUGGGAAAAGAGAAGGAGUUCCUCAGGGAUGAGAUCUACUGUCAGGUCAUCAAGCAGACUACCAAAAACCCAGUCAAGGAGAAUUGUACCCGUGGCUGGCGUUUGUUCAGUCUGGUGACUGGAUUCUUCCCUUGUUCCAACACUCUCCUGCCAUAUUGCACCCGUCACCUGGAGGCCAUCUUUCAGGAUGCCAACCACCCUUUCCAAGAACUGGCAAGUGUGUGCAUGAAGAAUCUCAAACGGACACUCAGUUUUGGAGGACGCAGGUACAUCCCUUCACAUUCAGAGAUGGAGGCCAUUUUGGCUGGGAGGAACUCUCGUCGGCUGCCCAUCAUGCUGCCUGGUGGAAACCAAUUUUCCUGCAAGAUUCGCAGCUUUAGUGUUGCAUUUGAGGUGGUACAAGACUUUUGCACUGAGAUGGGCAUCAUAAAUCCAGCAGAAGUGAAGGAAUUUUCCAUCCAUGCCACUAAGAAAGGAGGUGAUGUGACACGCCCAAUUCACUCUGAUGAGUAUAUGUUUGACUUCCUGCCGGAUGAUGGCUCCAUCUCCCUCUCCUUUCAUCGAAUAAUCUGGAAACAGCCACUCCAGUUUAACAAUGAUCUUUAUCUGGAGUUCCACUACCAGCUGCUUGUGGCUAAUUAUCUGAAAGGGAAGCUGUUGCUGCCCAUGAACAGCCCUACAAUCUACCAGCAGGUGGCUGAGUUGACCGCUCUUCAACACCUUGCCCUUGGGCUGACUGCUUUACCCUCCAACGCUGAGGUAAAGCAGUACCUUCCCCGAAUGGAUCGGCUCAGUGAUGAAAGACUUCUUGAUACUAUACGGGCACAGUUUUCUACCUUAGGCCCCCUUGGCCAUCUUGAUGCCAAAGCUCGCUUUAUCAAGAGUGUCAGUUUGCUGCCUUUCUUUGGAUUUGAUGUAUUCACUGCUCAGAAAGUAAGUAAUCGCAGCUGCCCCUCUCCCUCCCUGGUCGCAGUCAACUAUGAAGUUAUCAAAAUCCUUGAGCCCAAAUCACAGAACGCAUGUUUGACAAUGUCUCUGGAGGACGUGCAGUCCUUGCGCUCAAUCCGUCCCAAGAAAGACAAGCUGCCAUCAGUUGAGAUCAGCUUUAGUGGCCAAACUCAACCCAUGACUGUCAGCUUCAGUCUAAAGCAGGCGAAAGAGCUGUGCCACACCAUUGCUGUGAUUAUGGAAGAGGUGGUGAAACCCCCCUACAGCAAUUUGUCCAGUCGGGCCGGAACCCCACAUUAAACAACCAACAUAUGCAAAGCUCACCUAAUAACCCAUGACUUACUCUAAAGUUCAAAGAUGUCUCCUGCCAUGAAAUAUUAAGACGUUAUAUAAAAAAAAAAAAAAAAAAAAAAGAUGUACAAACGUUUAUGUAAGAUCAAGGUUAAUGCUAACCAAAUGUUUAAUUCAUUAUAGCCAGGGUUUUUCAGGGGCAUAAAGAUACUACAGAGAAGAUGUAUACAGUACGAUUUUCU